GGUUCCGGCUUUCUGAGAGCGCGCUGAGGCGACAUGAAGCUGCUAACGCACAACCUGCUGAGCUCGCAUGUGCGGGGGGUGGGGCCCCGUGGCUUCCCACUGCGCCUCCAGGCCACCGAGGUCCGCAUCAGCCCCGUGGAGUUCAACCCUGACUUCGUGGCGCGUAUGAUACCCAAGGUGGAGUGGGCGGCGCUUCUGGAGGCGGCGGAUACCUUGCAUCUGGUCGAGGUGCCCAAAGGGCCGAUUGAAGGGUAUGAGCACGAUGAGAAAUUCCUGAGGCAGAUGCACCACGUGCUGCUGGAGGUGGAUGUGCUGGAGGGCACCCUGCAGUGCCCAGAGUCUGGACGUCUGUUCCCCAUCAGUCGCGGGAUCCCCAACAUGCUGCUGAGUGAUGAGGAAACCGAGACUUAAUCGUGCCAGGCGCCUAGUUUUUCCGUCUGUAACCAGGAAUGUUUUUGCUGAUGUAUAUUCUGUUUGCUAGGUCUGUCGUGUAUCCCCAAACCUGGACCCAGUGACACACGAAACACAGUGUUCUUGAGCUCGAUAUAUUUCUUUUUCUCAUUAAAGUUUCAAAACCAAAAAAAAAAAAAAAAAAAAAAAAAAA